AUGCUGCCCCUUUCGCCUACAGCGGCCCUCGGCCGAGCUGGAGCGAGAACUGGUGGGCGACAGGCCCGCUUGCACCGCCUGGAUCUCGAAGGCCGACCCGGCCACACCCCGAGCGCAGUGAUGAGAGUUUUCCUCCAGUUGCAUGAAUCAUCGGCAGCCCUCUUCGCCGCCGUCAUUUGCGUGGAGGAGAUUCGCAUUUUUAUGUCCAGCUCCGGAGUUGGCGGCGGCGGGCAACAAAAGGGAACAGCCAUCAUGUCGGGUCUCGCAGCUAAAUUAGCAAAAGACAGGGAGGUCGCCCGAGGCUUAGGCUCCAAUGCCAAGGCCGUGAAGUACUUAAACCAGGACUUCCAUGCGCUGCGGGACGAGUGCCUCGAGGCGGGGAAGCUCUUCCAGGACCCCUCCUUCCCCGCGGCCGCCUCUUCCCUGGGCUACAAGGAGCUGGGACCGAACUCCUCCAAAACGAGGGGCAUCGUGUGGAAGAGGCCGACGGAGUUGUGUUCCAAUCCUCAGUUUAUUGUUGGAGGUGCCACCAGAACUGAUAUCUGCCAAGGAGCUUUAGGAGACUGUUGGCUCCUGGCAGCCAUUGCUUCUCUCACGUUGAAUGAAGAAGUUUUGGCUAGAGUUGUGCCCAGCGAUCAAAGCUUCAAAGACAGAUAUGCAGGAAUAUUCCACUUCCAGUUCUGGCAGUAUGGAGAGUGGGUGGAUGUUGUUGUUGAUGACAAGCUACCUACCAAAGAUGGAGAGCUCCUCUUCGUUCAUUCAGCCCAAAGGAGUGAGUUCUGGAGCGCUCUGCUGGAGAAGGCUUAUGCCAAGGUGAAUGGAUCAUAUGAGGCUCUCUCUGGAGGAAGCACCACUGAGGGCUUUGAGGACUUCACUGGAGGAAUUGCAGAGUGGUACGAGCUGCAAAAGCCACCGCCGAACCUGUUCAAAAUCAUCCAGAAGGCUCUUCAGAAGGGAUCUCUCCUGGGAUGCUCUAUUGAUAUCACAAGCGCUGCUGAGACGGAGGCUGUCACCACACAGAAGCUGGUCAAAGGGCAUGCAUACUCUGUUACAGGUGCAGAAGAGGUGAAUUUCCGAGGCAGCCUUCAGAAAUUGAUCAGAAUCCGGAACCCCUGGGGGGAAGUAGAAUGGACUGGAAAAUGGAACGACAACUGUCCAAGCUGGAACGGAGUUGAUCCUAAAGUGAGAGAGAGGCUCACGCAGAGACAUGAAGAUGGAGAAUUUUGGAUGUCGUUUAGUGAUUUCCUGAGGCAUUACUCCCGCCUUGAGAUCUGCAACUUGACUCCAGAUACACUGGCCAGUGAGAAGUUCAAGAAGUGGAGCCUGAAUUUGUUGGAUGGGAACUGGAGGAGAGGAUCCACCGCUGGCGGAUGCAGAAAUUACCCUGAUACAUUCUGGAUGAAUCCGCAAUAUUUGAUCAAACUUGAGCAAGAAGAUGAAGAUCCCGAUGACCCCGAGAAAGGCUGCACCUUCCUUGUGGGCCUGAUCCAGAAACACCGUCGGAAGCAGCGGAAGAUGGGGGAGGAUAUGCACACCAUUGGAUUUGCCAUCUAUGAGGUACCUCCACAGUCUUCCGGCCAAACAAAUGUCCACCUGAGCAAAAACUACUUUCUAACGAACCGAGCGAGGGAGCGAUCAAACACAUUCAUCAACCUCCGAGAGGUGUUAAAUCGGUUCAAGCUUCCCCCAGGAGAGUACAUCAUUGUGCCAUCCACUUUUGAACCCAACAAGAACGGGGAUUUCUGCCUCCGAGUCUUCUCAGAAAAGAAUGCAGAUUCGCAAGUUGUUGAUGAUGAAAUUGAAGCCAAUAUUGAAGAGAAAGAACUCACAGAAGAUGAAAUUGAACCCAGUUUUAAGAAACUAUUUAGGCAAUUAGCUGGAGAGGAUGCUGAGAUCUCCGCCUUUGAAUUGUGCAACAUUCUGAAAAAAGUCAUGGCAAAACGCCAAGAUAUUAAAUCAGAUGGCUUCAGCAUUGAAACAUGCAAAAUAAUGGUUGAUCUAUUAGACACUGAUGGCAGCGGUAAGCUGGGACUGAAAGAAUUUAAUGUACUUUGGACAAAGAUUCAGAAAUACCAGAAAAUUUAUAGGGACAUGGAUGUCGAUCGCUCUGGAACCAUGAACUCCUAUGAGAUGCGGAAAGCCUUAGAAGCAGCAGGUUUUAAGCUGGAUUGCCAAUUGCACCAAGUCAUCGUGGCUCGUUUUGCUGAUGAGCAGCUGAUAAUCGAUUUCGACAAUUUCGUUCGAUGCCUGAUUCGACUGGAAACCUUGUUCAAGAUAUUUAAGAAACUGGAUACUGAGAAAACAGGAACGAUACAGAUGAAUCUUGUCACUUGGGUGUGUUUUACUAUCAUAUGAAGAAGCCAUGAGCCUCAGCUGAAGAUUCUCCUAGGAACGUGAACAUCAAUCUAAGACCAAAAUGGAGCGUUAAAAGAAAAAAGCUAUUGCAUAUCUUAUAUUUAUGAAUGAAGCUGCUAAGCAAGAGAAGAAUACUGAAAAAGCAAAAUGAGCACACCGUGGAAGUUACUCACCUUGGUAGCUUCUGUAUACAAGCUUUAACUUUUUAUGUAAUUCUAUUUUAUUUGCUUGAGCUAAUUUGCUUAAGUUUGCUAAUUUCAAGAAGUUUUAAAUGAAAGCCGAUGAGUAGUGGUCUUCUUUUAAAUGGCAACAUGGAGCAUACGUCAUUCAACCUACAAUUAUUCAGAAUUAUAAGAACCUAAACAUCUGAAGAUGCAUCCACAAGAUGCUGAGCAAUAAACUUACACCAUCAACUUCACUUUCCAACCCAAGUACAGUAUUUAAGAAUGCUACUUGAACUAAUCAACUGAAAUCAAUUUCACACCAAAUAUUGCAUGCAUUGUACCAACCUUUAGUUUUCACCAGAUGAUAUUUAAAUCCCAGACUUUUUUAAAAAAGAAAAUGUGGAAUGAUGGUUCUUAAGUGAAAUAACAAUAUUCUUGGUUUGAUCAGCAAGACAUCUUCAUAACUUUAAUGAAAUCAAGAAGUCUGCACUUGAUCAUCAUGAGCAAAUUUACUACCAGUUGGAUCCAUAUCAGCAGCCAUUCAGAAACUACGGCACCAGAAAAUCAUAAUAAUAAAAUGUAUGCUUCACUUA